AAAACUCAUUGAACCUUUACAAAUGUUCUGAUUUAAAAUAGCGAGUCGCCGUUUAAUCUGUUAACAAAGGAAGCCAUUGGCGAUAAAGUAAACUGAAAGAAUAUGGAAUUCUUUUAUUUUGUUUUAUUCAUAAGCGGAAUUCAGACAGCACUGACGGGAGAGUGUCAACCAUGUGAAUGCUGCAAAACGGAACGAUGCAUUUCUUUGGAAAAUGGUGCAAAAUAUUGCAUGGACGGGUGCCGAGAUGGCUUUUUUGGAAUAGAUUGUACAGGCAGAUGUGCAUUACAAAACUGUGCCAGAUGUUUAUCUAACGACACAUGCGAGCAGUGUCUUGACGGCUUCAAGUACUCUUACCAAGGGCAUUGCGAAGGGAGUUGUCCGCUUUGCAAAACCUGUGCAUGGAAAACUGGGUAUUGUGACAGUUGUGAACCAGGUUAUCAUCCAUAUCUUAGAAGAUGUGAAAAAAAUGAAAAUUGUUUAGUGUAUUAUGGCCUUGGUAAUUGUGAUAAAUGCAAACAAGGACUCUGGGGUUACAAAUGUAAUUCUAAAUGUUCACCCGGAUGUGUCGAUGGAAUUUGCGAUAUGGACGGACGCUGCAAAUGCGUAGAAACUUAUUGGGGAACACGGUGUGCAAUGUCAUGUAAUAUUGGAUGUGAAAAUGGAAUAUGUAACGAUCGUGGACAAUGUAAAUGCUCUACCGGUUUCUGGGGAGAUACUUGUGAACACCGAUGCUCUGAAGGAUGUUUAGAUGACUGUGAACCGGACGGAAGUUGUAAAUGUAAAGGUCAUGCUUUUGGUCAGCGUUGCAUAUACAACUGUACAGCUCUUUGCACUAAUGGAGAAUGCAAUGAGAAGCAAAGUUGCGUCUGUACUAAGGGAUAUUGGGGUACCCUUUGUACAAACGAAUGUUCGGUUGGUUGUCAACAAGGCAUAUGCGAUCUUCGUGGUAACUGUGCAUGUAGAGAGCACUUCUGGGGUCAAUCAUGCGAAAAAAAAUGUUCUUUUGGGUGUGAGGACAGCUUAUGUAGUUCAAAAGACGGUAUAUGCACUUGCAAACCUAAUUAUUAUGGGGAUAGAUGUGAACAACCUUGCAAAAUCGGAUGUGUGGGGGACACGUGUAGUAAAAGUGGCAGUUGCCAAUGUAAAUCGGGCUAUUGGGGCAAACAUUGUUCAUAUAUUUGUUCACUAAAUUGCUUAACUCGUUCAUGUAACAAAGAUAUCGGCUAUUGUAAAUGUAAGCCUGGAUUCUGGGGAGAGUCAUGCCAUUCAGUAUGCAAUGCACACUGUAUCGAUAACACUUGUCGGGUUGAUGGGACGUGUUUAUGCAAAACGGGAAGUUACGGAAAAUACUGCAAUAUGGCCUGCUCAAAAGGCUGCAAAAACAAUACAUGUUAUAUUAAUGGAAACUGUGAUUGCAAAGAGAAUUACAGCGGCAGAAGAUGUGAAAAGCAAUUAUCAGGAUUAAAAGUAAUAUCGAAAAAAUGUAAUAAUGGGUAUUUUAAAGCGGAUGGCACAUGUAUUUCUUGUUCAUACAAUUGUAUAAAUGGGGUUUGUGAUAUAGAAACGGGGUAUUGUGAAUGUAAACCAGGAUAUUGGGGCAACCAAUGUAAUUAUUAUUGCUCGAAAGGAUGCUUAAAUGAGUUAACUUGUCUGAAGAACGGGAGUUGCGAGUGCAAGCAAAAUGCUAUUGGUGAUUUCUGUGAGAAAUGCAAAGACGGGUAUAGUUCAUAUGUGUCAGGUUCUAGGUGCGAAGCAUGUCCUAUAACUUGCGAAACGUGUGCAACAGUUAUAUAUGGUACUAUAUGUAUGCGAUGUAAACCGGGUUACUUUGGCCAAACCUGUUCAGAAACAUGUCCAUUUUCGUGUGAAACGUGUAAGGACAAGGAUACAUGUUCAAGCUGUAAUGACGGCUUCUAUGGUUCAACUUGUCAACAACCAUGCCUUUACAACUGUACAAAAUGCGAUGUAACAGAAGGCACCUGCAAUACUUCAGAUACUUGUGUUAACGACUGUUCGACGAAAUGUAGCAACGAAUGCCAUGAUGGUGAACAUCGUUCGUCCUCAACAUCAUUUCCAUCAGAUUGCACAGCUGGUAACAAAGCUCCCACAAAGAACAUCGAUAGCAAGAUUCUUGAGAACGGAGAAAAAGAUUUGCCACAUAGUACCUACGUCGGUUUACUUGUGACCUUCGGCAUUGUCAACUGUAUUCUACUUGGUGUUAUCGUCUUCGUAGUUGUGAUAGAAAGGCGGACAGGCGAGUCUGUAAUAAAACUCAUGAAUACACGUUGGACCAGAUGGCUUGGAAAGCCAGACCAACAUGAAGCAACAAUGACUGAAAUGAAUACACAUACCGGAAAUACCCAAACACAUGUGUACGAAGAUUUGAAGAGAACGGAAACGGAAGGAAACUACUCGUCGACCGCCACGAGAGAAAGAGAUGCUAGUAAUUCAGAAAAUACAAUCAACGAGGGCAGUCACCAUGUCUAUCAAAAUUCGGUUCCUUUAGAGACAGAUGCAUGAUCUACUAUUUGGCUGUCUAGUUUUACAACUAUUCGCAGUGCUAAUAAAGAAAAUGACUAAAAAUUUGUUAAACCAAACAAACAGAUGUUGUCUUUCAGACAAAUACAUCUCGCUAGCACCGACACACGCGUGUUUUAUUGAACGGGAUUUGGUCGGUCCCGGCCUCUAAAGCGCCUUUUUUUAUUUUAAUUUGUUCUGAUCCCAUCUACUUGGCCUCGAAUGGCUGUUGUUGUUUUCUUAUUUCACGUUAUUCGGGAUGCUUGAAUAUGCUUUACAAAAUGCUUGCAAAUGGUGAGCUGCUUGAGCCGUUGCUGCGGGUGUUGUAGGUUUUGCCAUUUCAUACUGUUAAUAGACAUCGUCAAUGCUGUUUAAAAAAUAAUCAAAUUACAUAAGUACCAUAUAUAAAGUCUGCUUCUUAGAAUUGUUGUUUUAAACCCAGUAACCGGUAAAGAAAUUUAGAUAACAUUUUACUGUACCAUGUUAUACAGAAACGAAUUUGUUUUUUCAAUACAUCACUGACGUUUGACGAUGUAAAGAUAUGUAUUAGUUUCGAUCAUUCUUACGAGUCUACGUGACAUUAUGGAUGACGGUGAUGUGUGCGUGAUAAGCUGUUGUGUGCUUCAUAUUUACGUUUUUUA